AUGUCUACUGUACCUGUAACAGCUCGAAAGAAACUCGCCCGCGGCAACUAUCGCAUCGGCUGGAUCUGCCCACUCCAUGUUGAUAUGCAAGCCGCCCUGGCUAUGCUUGAUGAGGUUCAUGAGAACCUGCCACAACCGUGCACAGAUCCCACCAUCUACAGGCUGGGGAGCAUCAGCGGCCACAACGUUGUAAUCGCCAGUUUGCAUCAACCGGGAAACUGCACGGCUGCCAUGGUAGCUAAUUCCAUGCAGUCAACUUUUCGUAACCUGGAAUUCGGCUUGCUGGUAGGUACCGGAGGGGGUGUGCCUACUAGAUCGGAGGCCGGCAUGAUACGCCUCAGCCACGUGGUUGUCAGCAAGUCCAAGGAUGCACACUCCGGCGCAGUCUACUACAGCCAAAUCAAGGCAGAGGAUGGCGUCUUUAAGCGGACCGGGUACAUUGACAGCCCGCCUCCCAUUCUCCUCCACGCCGCGCGGAGCCUGGAAAUCGAUCUGGAAGCGUCAGAAGACUGCCCCAUCUCGAGUAACAUCGAGCGGAUUCUCUCGAAUCAGAUGCUGCGUUCCAAAUACAAACACCCGGGUGUGUCCAAGGAUCAUAUGCGCGGGCCUGAAGACGAAGACACGGGUGGAAUCAUCGUUCAUCGAGGUACCAUUGCAUCGGGCGAGCUUCUGCUCAGAGACGCCGGUCUGAGAGACAAGCUAGCCAAAGAGCACGGCGUGCUCUGUUUCGAGAUGGAGGCAGCGGGCGCCCUCACGGAUUUCCGAUGCCUUGUCAUCCGGGGCAUCUCCAACUACUGUGACGCGCUCAAGAAUGACGACUGGCACGGCUACGCCUCGGCGGCAGCAGCGGCCUAUGCGAGGGAACUUUUUUUCACUUACCGAUUGCGAUGGAGGAAGAGUAUGACCCAUGUUCGGCCUCGUCACUUCAUCGUACCGUUUACGCAAAACCGCGACUUUUUAGGGCGAGAGAUCUUCCUCGAGGAGCUCCGUGCGAAGCUCUGUGUCGACGACCGGCCACGACGCCUUGCUAUCACUGGCCUUGGCGGUAUCGGCAAGACACAGGUCGCCCUGCAGACUGCCUUCUGGUUCAAAGAGAACCGGCCAACAUGGUCAGUAUUCUGGGUUCAGGCAUACAGCAUGAGCGCUUUCGAGAAGGCAUGCAGCGGCAUUAUCGACAGAUCAGGCAUCCAAGUGGCCAAGGACGAGGAUCCAAAGGAGACCGUGCAGCGGUUCCUUAAUUCGCGGGAUUCAGGGAACUGGCUGUUCAUUGUGGACAACGCCGACGAUGGCCAGACGAUGUUCCGGUCAGGAAACUCUCCCGGGAUCAGCAACUUUCUCCCGGAAAACGAAGAUGGGCGCAUUUUGUUCACAUCGAGGUUUAGGAAGCUUGCAUUUGAGCUUGCUGGCAAGGAAGUUCUCGAAUUGGAGAAGAUGACCACGUCCGAAGCCAGGAAAUUCUUCGACCAGGUCAUGCCGGAGGAACUAACUCGGCCUAUCGGGUUGGUUGAGGACCUCCUCGCCCAAUUGGAACACCUUCCUCUUGCCAUCUACCAAGCGGCAGCAUAUCUCCGUAACAACUGCAUCUCAACGUCCAUCGAGGACUAUUUGUCAACCCUCAGGGGCACGGAGAAGGAAGCAGCUGGCCUGCUGAGCCGUGAAUACAGAGACCAUACGCGGUACGAUGACGAAGACAUCGGUCACGCCGUGGGAACCACGUGGCUCGUUUCCUUCGGGCAAAUGGAGCAAAUGGACGACGUGAAAGCGGCCAUGGUUCUGCUACAGUUCAUCUCACAGAAUGAGCCUACAUCUAUUCCAAUGGAUCUUCUACCCCGACGGAACAUAGAAGGCCUUCACUAUGCUAGUGGUAUCUUGGCUAGUUUUGCAUUCCUCGAUAAACGACCUGGAACCAACUUACUCUCCAUGCACCGUUUGGUCCAUCUCGCCAGCCGAAUCUGGUUCGAAAAGAAAUAA